GCAGCGCGUGCCCUUGGUAAAUCACGUGAUUGCGUAACACGACGUCGUACGCAACAUCAACAGCUCGUGUUGUCACCACAAUCAGGGAACUAGUGUGAAAAUUUGUCGUUUUUAGUUCCUAGUUCAGCCAUACAAGGAGCUGCGCUUCGCAAUUUUAAAUGUUUUACCUCUAAAAAUAACGCGCGAUGUAUUUUAUGCGGAUAUGUCCGCUUGGAGGUUAUGAAAGAGUUUAUAUAUUGUUUUAAAUGAUUUGCCUGCUAGGACAGUUAUGCAUGCGUUAUAAUAUGUCAAGAGUGUGGAGUCACCGAAUCUGACGCACUACUCAAAGAGAGUCCUUGCGCCGGGAGUCCUGUUUGAAUCCCAGUGAGCUAUAUCCACCCCUGCUUCCUGCUCUGUCAAUUUCCUAUGCCAUCUAUCCAUUCCAAAAUUGAUCUUCCACUUUUUCCAACAUCAUUAUUCCCAGCUUUGAACCUGCCACCCUCUUUAAAACCUGUCUCCACCCCUUUCCCUUAACCUGAGUCCUGGCAGCGCUGCAGCAUUGCCAUGCUGGGUUGUCUGCAACGUAGGAGCAUGUCUCACAGACUAAGUAUAUUGCUGGUUCUCUUUGGUCUGGUCUGGUGUCUGCUGUUGCUUCAUUAUACCGUCACACAACCACGUCGCCAGAGCAGCGCAGAGCUCCGGCAACAGAUCCUUGAGCUCAGUCAUCGCUACGUCAAAGUCCUUAGUGAGGAGAACCAGAACCCUUCAGGGCCCCAUGGCACCUCCAUGGCAGGAUAUGCUGAUCUAAAGAGGACAAUUGCCGUGCUGUUGGAUGAUAUUCUAAACCGUUUGGUGAAGCUGGAAGGGAAAGUGGAGGCUGCUGUAAAUGCAACAACACACAACAUCUCUCAUCUUGCCGGGGGUGCCGGCACCCUCCUUGCUGCUGGAGUGACUGUUUCCAGGCAAAAUAUUCCUACCUACCGGAAAGACAGGCGUACCAACCCUCUGCAGUUUCCACCACAGUCUCCCGACAGGCCACAUAAGCCGCACUCUUUAAAAUAGCAAACUGUGCCACGGACAUCUAUCCCUACUAGAAAAGACUGAAAUGUACAGAGAUAUAUAUUUUUAGACCCAAGCCGCUUUUAGACAUGCUUUUUUGUUUUGGCCACGUGAGCUUUAGCUUGAUUGUCUUUUAUUCAUUGAUCACGAAAUAUUUUAUUACUUAUGUGCAAUAUGAAACUGGGGGUAAUCGGACUACAUGGACUUUUAUUAAAUGGAAGAUUUUUUUGUUGUAUGAAUGGGUGUUUCUUAAUAUAUUUGCUGAAGGCUACUCAAAUAAAGCAUAAUCUCCACAGCUAGCUAAUAGUGUGUUAGGUGCAUUUACUGUAGAUGGACGAAGGAUUACAAGACCGUUUAUAAAAUAUUUUAAUUGUUAAGAUUACACACAUUGCUGAACAUAGCUAUUGAAGUGUUGAGAAAAUGAGCAGACCCAAAGAAUAUUUAUAUUUUCAGUGAGUUGAUGUCCUUAUUUUGGAUUGAUUGUUAAGGAUAGGGAAUAUACCUCAUUUGCUCAUAGUUUUUGAACUUGAACGCCAAUGAAACUGAAUAAGCUUUCCAGAAGGAUCUGUACCCCAGAAAAUUACUGAAACUACACAAUAAAAUCUAUACUACUG